AUGUCUGUCCUUCCAGGUCCAGUGGGCAUAACUGCCCCCACGGAGCAGAUCCGUGAGACAGGCGCUUCACCCGAAGAAAUCCUCGCAUAUCGCGAGAAAGGACUUCACCCAGGUAUUCUUCAACGCGAAUGGGGCCUGCAAGCUCGUCUUGAUCCGAGUGUCACCUUUGAAGAGUACACAUAUUGGGCCAAUGUCGAGCGUGAUCUAGAAGAGGAAGAGAAUCGCCGCUAUGUGUCUGUGACCUCUGGCCAGGGCUUUUUGGGAGUCAUCAAGAAUUACUUCACGACCAACGCAUAUGAAGACGCGAAGAUACGCGACGGGCGUGAAGCUCUGCCGAUUACCAACUCCGCGCCUGACUACGCUUCGGAGAAGAAAUCCCCUGAGGUCGUGCCUGGCAAUGAUACUGCCAUUAGCCCGAUCGCGCCUUCGUCGCAUAUGGGAGACUUGGACGCCGAGUGGCGACAAGCUGCGAGAGCCCUGCGUAACGCUGGCUGGGGUUCGGUCUUCUAUCUAAUCACCACAGAUAUCUUAGGCUGGGGUCAGACGCCUUAUGUCUUCGCAAACACUGGGUACGGACUUGGUAUCGGUAUAUUCAUUCUCAUGGGUCUUGCUGCUUUUGUCUCCGGAAUCAUGAUCUGGCGUGUGUUCAUCCGUCUUGACUCCUCUCGGUUUCCGAUUGUGAGCUUCGGCGAUCCAUUCUUCCGCCUCUAUGGAUCGAAGAUGCGCCACUUCAUCAACUUUAUGCAAGCUUUGCAGAUGUUCCUUUCUGUGGCCGUUGUUCAACUCGGCCAAACAGGCAUUAUUGCACAGCUCGCCGGAAGUGUCGAUCUCUGCUACAUAGUUUGUGCUGUCAUCUCUUUGGUGGUAGGCAUGGCUAGUGGCUAUAUGCGCUCGUUAAAGCACCUCGGCUGGUUCUGCAAUUUAUCAGUGUGGAUCAACAUUGUCACCUUCAUCAUCAUUCUCGCUGUUGUGAAGAAUGGCCCGGACCCGGCAGCACAGGUGAAUAAUGGAAUUUUGAAUAAGGCUUGGUCAACAGUAGCGACGAUGGCGCCUGUGAAAACUUUCUCUCACACUCCACCGCCUGAGUAUCAGCCUACUGAUACGAAUCUCUUCGCGGCAAAUUUCAACGGCAUCAAUAGUAUGGUUUAUGCGUACUCUGGCGCCGUGAUGUUCGUUGCCUUCCUCUCUGAAAUGCGUCGCCCUAUGGACUUCUGGAAAGGCAUGCUGCUAGCUCAAACCUUUAUCACUGUGGUAUACGUGUUCUUCGGUGCUGUGGUCUACCAUUUCUAUGGCCAAUAUAGCUACAGCAUCAUCACCCAGGCUGUGCGACCCGCACAUAUUCAAGUUGUUGGCAAUGUUCUUUCUCUUAUCACCGGCUGGCUUGCCGUCUUCCUCUACUUCAACGUUGGCAUGAAGACAGUGUACUUGGAAGUUGGUCAAGCCAUUUUCAACCUGCCGGCUAUCACCACCAGGAAGGGUCGGUAUCUAUGGUGGGGACUAGGCCCAUUGUACUGGAUUCUUGCCUUGGUGAUUAGCAUGUCUGUUCCAAACUUCAAUGCUUUUACCAACUUUGUCGGCGGGUUGUUCAGUCUCAAUUUCACUUACUCUCUGUCGGGACUCAUGUACCUUGCUUACAAGGUGAAAGAGGGUGCCAGAUUGGAAGGCGAAGGCUUCGAUCCUGUCACCGGCCAGACUACUCGCCACGACAGCGGAAUCAAGAGAUUGGCGCGCGGAUUUCUCAAAAAUUGGUAUUUGACUGUCCCCGUCCUCCUUUACACUCUUGCAGGCUUGGCGACAUCUGGAAUGGGAACGUGGGCUGCCAUCUUGGCUCUUAAAGCAGCUUUUGGUCCUGGCGGUUCAGUUCUGACUUCGUGGACUUGCACGAACCCUUUCUAUACCGGUUAG